CUAGAACAUCAACAUCAUGGGUAAACAACUUCGUGUACGAUACAGGAUUAUUCGUCGGUAAACAAUUUCAACAUGUGUGCAUCAUAUGUCUAUGAUAUUUGAUGAAAUGUCGAGCGAGCUGAAAACUUCCGUUGAUGGCUUAUUUCCAUUAGAAAAUAGAAAAUGGCAGACGGAUCGACAUCCAACCCCUAUGGAGUGGUGGUGGUUGGGAUUGGGAUAGCAGGAAGGGUUAGAAUCAGAGACCUGUCGGUCAUAUCUCACUUCAGAGACUGCCACUGGACCAUCAAAGGAUUUGUGUCUAGACGAGACAUUGAAAUAAAAGGAGUUGUAAAACUUGAUCUUGAUGAUGCUAUGAGUAGACAAGAUGUCCAGGUUAUCAUUAUCUGUACAGAGAACGAACAGCAUGAAGAUUUAGUCAGAAAAAGUCUACAACACGGAAAGCAUGUGCUAGUUGAAUUCCCAGUGGCUUUAUCUGUUGCAUCAGCAAAGGAAUUUUACCAGCUUGCAUCUGAAAAAGGUCUAAUUCUUCACCAAGAAAAUAUCGCUUUGAUGAAUGAUUUUAAAGACAAAUUGAUUGGUGCAAGAAAAUGGAAUUCUGGAACAAUUUCACUCACAGGAAAGCGAAAUGGUUGGAUUGGGGACAUGGAGAGAUCUGGUCAACCAUUCAUAGCCAAUAUUUCCCUAAUUGAAACGGUGUAUCAUUUGGUUGGAGAAGUCAAGGUCGUUGGUGGAAAGUUUACAAUACUGGAAAAUGGCUAUAAUGCAACAGCAGAAUUGGAAACAGUAGAUGGAAGGAAGAUCACUGUAUCUCUAACGAGGUUGACUGAAGCCAAGAGACAGAAGAAAGUUUACUUUGAGUUAGAGGAUGGAAGUGUUUUAGAAUAUGUUCCUGAGGCACCGAAAUCACAACCAUCUCAGGGAGAAGGAACAAAACCAGUAAUUGGUCUCUUCAUGAGGGAUUUCCUGCUGUUUAUCAACGAAGUAAAAUCUAGCAAGAACAGUGAAGUAGAUAUCAAUCGGACGAUACGUAGUAUGGAAAUAGCAGAAGAUAUUCACUCCUUGAUAUUAUGACAUCUCUAAAUAAAAGCUGCUGAUUAUAUAAUUUUCAUACAAUGUAUUACAGAAGUGUACAGAUGUUGACAGGAAGUAUUUUGUCAUACAAUGAUAAAAUAAUGAUGUAAAAGAGUCUUUGGUGCUAGCAAAGAAAGACAACUAUGUUCAGGAUUCUGUGAUCAAGGGUAUUUAUUUGCUUCUAUCAGAUAUACAACCAGAGGUUAAUUAUAUCUUCUCCGAGUAUAAUUGUUGUAAUUUAUGUUUGAGAUCAUAAUUAUUUAAAUUCAAAUGAAAAGUAUUUUAAACAGUCAUUUUAUUUAGAUACUUUUAUAUUGAUACAAAUAGAACUGUUGCCACUUUGGACCUCAGGUGCUCAGAUGUCGGAAACAGAUUUUCAUGUAUGUGUACAAGGCUAUAUGGCAGGUGUUUUUAGGUCAUCUGACCUGAAGGGUCAGGGUGACCUUUAGUCAUUGUGUUUCCUUCGUCAUUGUCCGCCUUGCAUAAACUGUUCACAUCUCAAACUUCUUCUCAAGUUCCACUGGUUGGAUGGAGCUGUCAAUUGCCUGGAAUGAUCCUUGGAUGGUCCUGACUAAGUGUAGUUAUUUUUCGGGUCGGUCCAAAAUCCAAAAUGGCUGUCAUGGCAGCCGUCUUGAAAACACAUUUUAAACUUCUUCUCCAGUUCCACAGGUGCCAUUGAGCUGGGAAUUGGUGAGGAUGUUAAGGAAGGGUAGCCAACAAAGUGUUGUUAUUUUUUGCUUGGUAAAAAAAUUGACAUGACAGUCACGGCUGAUUGUGCAAUCAUGAUUUUCCUGAACAACACUUAUUUCAAACUUCACAAGUUCCACCAGUGGGAUUCAACUCAAACCUGACAAACUAUACUUGGUAAUGAGUAUUUAUAUAUACUACUAUAGUACAAGGGUCUUUAGAGUGAGAUGACCGUUAAGGCCAAUGGGCCUCUUGUUCAUUUUUUGGCAACUUUAUGUCUAUCUCAGGCAAAUUUAUUAUAGGGCAUAUUUUUAGAAAUAUUUUUUUGGGUUUGUUACUUUCAUUAAAAUAUUUAAAACAGUUUCAUGAUUUUUAUGUUAUUUAUCUGUAAACCAUGCAUGUUCUUGCUUUUAAUUUCUAUGAAUUUAAUCAAUCAUUUGGUGAAGUACAUAUGCUAAUAAAAUAUUGGAAUUUUUAAA